AUGGAUACCCUUGUGGAGGUACUAUAUUCAGGUGCAAAAAAUGUCAUUAAUGCAUGUCGGGAAUGUAGAGUUAGACGACUUUUAUACAACAGUUCUGCAGAUGUUGUUUUUGAUGGUUCACGGGAUAUACUUCAUGGUGAUUUGUCUUUCAUUUGCCCGGGGAAAUUUCUGGAUACACUGAUUGACCUUAAGUUUCAUGCGGAAGGUCUAAUCAGGUUAGCGAACAAUAUUGAUGGUCUUCUAACAUGUGUACUUCGGCCUAGUAAUGUCUUUGGACCUUGUGAUACACGCUUCGUGCCUUUGCUAGUGGAUCUAGCCAAAUCUGGUUUGUCAAAGUUUAUUAUAGGAAGUGGUGAAAAUAUGUCUGACUUUACGUAUGCGGAGAAUGUUGCUCAUGCUCAUAUCUGCGCAGCAGAAACUCUAGACUCUCGGGUGGUCUCUGUCGCUGGAAAGGCUUUUCUCAUCACAAAUCUCGAGCCCAUAAUGUUCUGGGAAUUUGUAUCUCUUAUACUUGGAGGUUUAGGGUAUCCCAGACCUUACAUAAAGGUUCCUACUUGGAUGGUUUCAUGUAUUGUCUCACUUCACCAAUGUUCACUUGACAAAUUGUACAAGCAUAGCGUAUCAUCUCACUACAUGCUUCAAUUAGCUUCACGCACCAGAACCUUUGACUGCUCUGCAGCUCAAAACCAUCUUGGAUAUUCACCUGUUAUCUCCCUAAAGGAUGGUAUCAAGUCAACAAUUCAAGCAUUCUCUCAUUUAGCCAAUGACACAUUUUAUACGAAAUUUAAUGAACAAUCCAAAGUGGAGAAGAUGCUAGGCGGCGGGAUAGUUGCAGACAUCUUAUUGUGGAGAGAUGAAAGGAGAACAUUUGCAUGUUUUUUUACUCUGGUUUUGUUAUUUUGCUGGUUCUUUCUCUGUGGAAGAACUUUUGCCUCAUCUUUAGCCGACCUUCUGCUUCUAGUUGUAAUCACUCUUUGUGGACAUGGCAUUUUAUCAUCAAAGCUUUGUGGUUAUGCUGUUCAAGAGAUACCUUCUUCUUGUUUCCAAGUCACUGUAUCAGAUGUUCAAAAGUCAUUGAGAUCCAUAGCAUAUAUAUGGAAUAAAGCAGUACGCAGAAUAAAAACGUUGGCAAAGGGAAAGGAGUGGAGCAAGUUUUUCAAGAUCAUGCCGUACAUUGCACCGUGUCAUACCUACAAUCUGGUAUCGUCCUCUUCGGAUGUUUACCAUCUCUCAAGGUUUUGCCAUCUGAAGGGCGCGCUUCCCCGGGUUCAAACUUAG